AUAUAUGUAUGUAUGUAUGUGUGUGUGUAUGUAUAUAUAUAUGAGACCAAAAGCUAUUUAAGCAGUCGGGGUCUUUCAGCAUUCUAGAAGCUUUUCAUAUCUUUCUGCUCUCCUGGUCAGACCUACAAGAAUGAUGUGGUUGCUAAGCAACCAACCUAUGUAGCUGUAGCACUGACACUGGAGUAUAUGUCCCUGAUUGGCUGUAGUCCUCAAAGCUGGCACAUUGGAUGAGCAUGGAGAUUGGACGAGCUUGAGUCAGUCACAGCCUUUGUUUGUCUCCAUCUCUGUGGGAGGAGGAGUCUAUGCAGCAGAACGUACAGAGUGAAUUUUACUCCUCCCUCAUUCUCUCACACAAGCACACAAACACAUCAAUACGCCUACACAGCUCCACUUCCCAUCAGCAAAUCAACAGCAGCCAAUUACCUGCCGUCUUCUAACUACACUACGAAAGGACAAUGUGAACAGGGAAUUGCUCUGGCCUGGGACCUCAGCAGUGCGGAAUAUGCAGUGCUGUUUCUUGGCAUCCCCUUCUCCACCAGAAGAUUCUGUAAUUGUGCACGUCUGCAGUGGUAAACCAAUAUGCUGAUGGAGGAAGAAUGGGUGCCUCACUGGUCUGCUCACACACACACACACACUUGCCAACACUCACUCACACACUCAGCCCUCAGUAAUGGGCUCCAGUGAAGAAGUCAGCACCCACCUAUUUGAGCAUGGAUGCUGCAACAACAAUGUGAUUGAAGGAUUGGUUCACCUGUAGCCUGUAGCCCCACCCCUGGUCCCACCUAAGAAUGUUGAGCCCUGUUCUGUGUUCUGAGCUUUCAGCUCUGGAGCCGGAGUACACAGAGGCUGAUGUCAUCUCCACGGUGGAAUUCAGCCAAUCGGGAGAGUUCCUGGCCACAGGCGACAAAGGUGGAAGAGUGGUCAUCUUCCAGAGAGAACCUCAGGGGGAAUAUAAUGUAUACAGUACAUUUCAGAGCCAUGAUCCUGAGUUUGAUUAUCUGAAGAGCUUGGAGAUUGAGGAGAAGAUCAAUAAAAUCCGUUGGUUACCUCAGCUUCAUUCUGCGCUCUUCCUCCUGACCACCAAUGAUAAGACCAUUAAGCUGUGGAAAGUGAGUGAGAGAGACAAGCAGCCUGAAGGCUACAACUUGAAAGAUGAGGAGGGCAGAGUGAAGGACAUCUCUAAAAUUACUUCUCUUCAGGUCCCUGUGUUGCGGCCCAUGGAUCUGUUGGUAGAGGCAUCCCCAAGGCGUGUAUUUUCAAAUGCUCAUGCUUAUCACAUCAACUCCAUCAGCAUCAACAGUGACUGUGAGACCUAUCUGUCAGCUGACGAUCUGAGGAUUAACCUUUGGAACCUCAGCAUCACAGAUCGCAGCUUUAACAUAGUAGAUUUGAAGCCGGAUAACAUGGAGGACCUUACUGAGGUGAUCACCGUAGCGGAGUUCCACCCUCACCACUGCCACCUGCUGGCGUUUAGCAGCAGUACAGGCACAACACGCCUCUGUGACAUGAGAUCCCGUGCACUGUGUGACCAGCAUGCUAAAUUGUUUGAGGAAGCUGUGGACCCAGCCAGUCGAUCAUUUUUCUCAGAGCUCAUCUCUUCUGUGUCGGAUGUGAAGUUCAGUCACAGUGGACGCUACCUGCUCACCAGAGACUACCUCAGUGCAAAAGUCUGGGACCUGAACAUGGAGAAAAAACCAGUAGAGACAUACCAGGUUCAUGAUUACUUGCGAUCUAAACUUUGUACCCUUUACGAGAGUGACUGCAUCUUUGACAAGUUUGAAUGUGCCUGGAACGGAACGGACAGUGUCAUCAUGACAGGGGCGUACAAUAACUUCUUCAGGAUGUUCGACCGGGCGAGCCGGCGUGACGUGACCCUGGAGGCGAGCCGGGAGGUGUGUAAGCGGCGUGCCGUCCUGCGCCCUCGCCGCGUGUGCAUAGGGAGGAAGAGGAGGGAGAGCGACAUCUGCGUGGACAGCCUGGACUUCAGGAAGAAGGUCCUCCACACUGCCUGGCACCCCACAGACAACAUCAUCGCCAUCGCAGCGCGCAACAACCUUUACAUCUUUCAGGAUCGCCACAGUCCCAGUGGACACCAUGGAGUGCAUCGCAUAGAACAAGAGACGGCGCCGCAGUUAGAGGACACGCCUCCACAGUGACAUGACCCGCCCCACACACCCCCUUGCCUGCCCACAGGACAUGCCUUAUCAGUAAAGUAACACGUCCCCUUUGUGCCUUGGCACACCUCAUGUAGGACAGGACUCACCAAGCAGCAUUCCUUUUACGUUUUUUUUUUUUGUUUGUUUUUUUUUGCUGUUGACUGUCUGUCAACAUUACAUUUCUUGUUUGUCAACUGUCUUGCUCCAUUUACCUCUACUAUAAUUUUUCCCUUUGUAAUAUUUUGUGCAAUACAUUAUACAUAGAAUUUAUAUACUUCUUUAGAUAUAGAUAUAAGCAUAAUGUAAUGCUGGAUAAUAUAACCAGGACUGUAUCUCCUGCUUUAGCUCUGUUGCAUGUUAUAUAAUACAAGGAGACUGUAUUUCCAACUAAAAAUAUAUCCAGUUGCCUGUCUAACAUCUUAAUUACAAUUGCAUGCUUAUGUUUACCAUUUUUAAUACUGGCUCUCAUUAAUUGGUAUUGAAUGAUUUACAAUGGCAAAGAUGAAUGUAAAUGAAUUGGACAUUUUCUAAAGUGCAAACAGUCUCCACGGCUUGUCCGCUCUACUCAGGUUUUGUGUUUUCUUGACUGGCUUGGGCAGAACUGCUCAGGAUAUAUCCAGGGCCUCUUCUUGACUUCCGACAUCUGAUGCCUAUUCUGAACAUCAGACAUCUGACGUCAAAACUCAAGUAAUACAAUCAUCUGAUUAAAUGUCUGAAUGAGGAGCAUUGUUUUAAAGGGAGAUCAAGUACGCUAUUUACCAGGAUGUUCUCAGCAUGACAUAGCUCUUGUCCUUUUGGUCUGCCGAUGUGAUGUUAUUUGGGAAGUGUCCACAAGUGGGCAUCAGUGGUGAUUUCUUUAAGUUUAGCGCUGGAAGUAAAUGACAACAUGAAUAAAGUCAACAGUAAUUUACUAAUUACUUAUUAAGCGCCAAUUAUACUGUCUAUAAUUGCUGAAAAUGGCUUGAUUCUCACUAUAUGUAUUCAUCCUGUUAAAAACAACAAUUUUGUAAUUUAA